AUGGACCGUCCCCAGGAGCCUCAUCCAAGCUGGGUCCCGGAGACGCCUCCAGUGCCCGUUGAGGAAAGUUCCCGAGACUCGGCGGCUUCUCAACCCAUCCCAGAAACGCUGAUAAAGAACCUUAGCAGCUUGACUCUCGACCNGGUGGCCCCGUGUGGACGGGCUGUGCGUGGUCAUUCGGUUGGGAAGGCGCAGGAACAGUGGUUCAUUUCCCCACGUGUUGGGAUUGAGUGGAGAGUUCCAACAACCGUGAGGGAACUAGCGGCUUCUCAACCCAUCCCAGAAACGCUGAUAAAGAACCUUAGCAGCUUGACUCUCGACCCUGCUGCCAAAUUCCCCUCCGCCCUACGGGAAGAUCCACCCCAACAGCAGGACAGAGUAAGAAAGAUCUUAAAGGAGAUCAGCAAGGGCUUGCCCUAUAAGAGAACAGGAGUGAGGACAUUGCUGUCUGCACGGAAAGAAAGGCUGGUGAAACUGAGAUACCACCUCUUACUCAACAGUUACUCUCGGAAACUUGAAAAAGAACUAACACACACUGAGCUUAAGGGAAUUCAGAGUGGAUCCAGAAAUGAACCAUUCAGAUGUGGCUGCAGUUACUGUGUACAUCACGGAUGGGAUCCUUCUGAGAAUGCUAGAAUAGGGAAUUAUAACACAGAGGCAAUUUAA